GGGUCAGGUCGUUCCUCGGCCGAGAGGCACUGGCCAAUCGGACAGUGAGGACUAGCGGUGGUGAGGUUGGUGGAGUGACCCCGGGACCCGCGUAGGGUCAUGGCUCUAUGGAGUAGGGCUGGCCGAAUGGGCCUCGGCCUGGGCCUGGACGGAAGCGUGGCCCGUCUCGCUUGCGCGCGGGGGUUGCGGUGUUCCCUCAGGCAAAGCCGCGAAUCCCAGGGAGGAGAUGGCGCCGACAGGCCACAGUCUUCGUCAGGGACCCCACGGCUGCCCAAGAUCUACACCAGGACCGGGGACCAAGGUUUUUCCAGCACUUUCACUGGGGAAAGGAGACUUAAGGAUGACCAAGUGUUUGAGGCCUUGGGGACAACUGAUGAAUUAAGCUCUGCUAUUGGGUUUGCCAUAGAAAUCAUGAUGGAAAAAGGCCAUACGUUUGUUGACGAACUUGAGAAAAGCGCACAGCCUUCAGCGAAGACGCCAUCAGGGACCUGGAAUGCUGGAUCGAUGCCUACACCAGCCGGCUCCCUGCCCUCACGGCCUUCAUCCUGCCGUGUCGUCCCACUUGUCCAGGCCGGGCAGAUGGAUGCAAACGUGGCCAAGUUCUUGAACAGACUCAGUGACUAUCUCUUCACUUUGGCCCGAUACACAGCCAUGAAGGAGGGGAAGGAAGAGAAGAUCUACCGAAGACCAGACCCCCAACCCUGAGAUGGGGAUGCGGUGCCCUCCCCCCACCCUAGCAGGGGGGGACAAGGAGUUACGUGCAGAGCGUCCAAAGCCAGGACUACUGCUGGACCCCAGCCUGCCUCGCCCACCUUGCCCCCUUGCAGCUUCAUGGGAGGUUCGGCCCCCACCAUCAGGUUCAGCCUCUCUGAAGACAGAGCGGGGGACGCUUGGAGCUGGCACCAAAGGGGGCCCAAGGGCGCUGAGCGCGUGUGGCUAGUUCCUCCCUCCAGGACUCAGCAGAGCACUUGAGCCCCUCCACAACGUGCGUGUGAUUUACUUGCACCAGAGGGGCCUUAAAUGUCCCAUCCAUAAAGGGAAAGCCAGCGGGGCUCCGCAUUGUGGUUGCCUUCAAGCUAUCCAUCACCCGCGAAGCGGGAGGAUGGGGCGAGCAGAUUUACGGACCGGGGCUGUGAACAAAUACCGGCCCCCUCGGCCCACGUGUCAGGUCGGGGGAGGGGGGUGCGGUUCAUGGUUCUGGCCCGGCCGCUCUGAGCCUGGGCAGCAGACCCACAAAGAGCUAGACCCCAGUUCUGGGGAGUCAGACCUUGGGAAAGGGCGUCCAUAGAUAGAUAAGACCUGGCCUGAAGCCGUUGCCCACCUUUUCAGUCUUGUGGUAAUUAAUCCCCUCCACUCCUCCUUCAGCCUAUUAGCUGUUCCCAGUACAGCCUCUCCAGUGCCUCCCUCAGGGCCUUUGCCCAGGCUGUGCCUCCUGCCUGCACUGCCCUCCCUCAUCACGCUCUCCCCUUAGAGUCCCCUGGCUUGCUCCCCAUCAUAGCUCAGGUAGCCAGCUCCUGUGUGAGCCUUCCUAAAGUCCGUACCAUUGUGCCCCCUCCCGCCCUCGCUUGUAAAGUCACCCCGUGUUACUUGGUAUUUCUUUAUCCAUGUCCCUGGCGUCUCCAUCUCCAUGCAGGCAGCGAUUGUUUGAUGAUUGCCUUGGAAUCCCUAAUCCCCAGCAAGGUGUCUUGUGCAUUGAGUUAAACACUUAAAAGCUUGAUGAAUUAAAUUUAAGUAGCACAAGUGGUGGUGUCCCCAUUUUACAGACGACGAAGUGGAAGCUCAAGGGUCAGUUGCCUGCUUUAUCCAAUUCCCCACCUCAGGUGUCUGAGGUGAGGUUUGGGCCCCGGUUUUCCUCGCGGUUCCUGUGUAUACACUGCUCCUAAAUGGGCCAGGAGCGUGUCCUUUUAAAGGGCUUUCCAAGCUCUGAUUCUUGUAUCGGGUCCAGCCCCCUCGGUGACAUUCCCUGUAACUGGAGACAACAUCCAGAUUUCUGGGGGAGUUUCCAGGAAGGAUCCCAGCCCUGCUGCAGGAAGGGACUUGAGAGCCGGUUCUUUCAUCAGCCCAUGGUCCCCUGGGAAAUUUCCCCAGGCCUUCAGGAAGACUCGGGCUCAGAAAUGUCCCCUUGUGGCUCCGCUCACUGAGGAACAGCCAGGAGGCGAACUCAGGGACAGAGGAGGGUCUCUGGGCUCAGCAGGGGUGGAGAGGACCCGGGGCCAGAACCCAAAGCUACAGGACUUCCACUAGGAAACUGUCACUGAGCUUUGGGCUGCCUUGCGAGUUGAUACACAGUCACACAUACAUGGUACAGUAUCGCCCAUACACACAAAAAUAGUCACAUACAUAUAUACUCACAGU